UCACUGAGAGGAUGAUGGCGUCUACUGUGGGCCCCGCCGGGCCGGGCUGGGAGGUGGCGGUUAGGCCGCUCCUGUCCGCCUCGUACUCGGCCUUUGACAUGAAGGAGCUGCCGCAGCUGGUGGGCUCCGUCAUAGAGAGUGAAUCUGAAAUUCUGCUCCAUGACAAACAGUAUGAACCAUUUUACUCCUCGUUCGUGGCACUGUCCACUCACUACAUCACCACAGUUUGCAGCCAGAUUCCCAGGAACCAGCUGCAGUCUGUAGCUGCUGCCUGCAAAGUCCUGCUUGAAUUUUCUCUGCUGCGUUUGGAGAGUCCUGAUGAGGCGUGUGCUGUAUCACAGAAGCACCUGAUUCUCUUGAUUAAGGGCCUAUGCACAGGAAGCAGCCGACUGGAUCGGACGGAGAUAAUUACUUUUACAGCAAUGAUGAAAUCCUCAAAACUGCCGCAGACUGUCCAGACCCUGUCUGAUGUGGAGGAUCAGAAAGAUAUUGCAAGUUUACUAAGCCCAGAACUGCGUCAGAAAGAGGUGCAGAUGAAUUUCCUUAAUCAACUGACCUCUGUUUUCAACCCCAGGGGGGCAUCAUCUUCUGCUGUCAGUUCCCACACACAGGUGGAGAGUGAAGGCGACGAUUCUACGACCGAUCAGGCCACUGCCACCAAAACCAGGAGCAUAUUUGUAGCUCAGAAUGUAGCCACCCUGCAAGAAUUGGGCGGAUCAGAAAAGCUGCUCAAAGUCUGUUUAAAUCUUCCCUACUUCUUGCGAUACAUUAACCGGUUUCAAGAUGCCGUUUCUGCUAAUUCUUUCUUCAUAAUGCCGGCUACUGUAGGUGAUGCCACAGCCGUACGAAACGGGUUCCAUUCUCUGGUCAUUGAUGUGACGAUGGCUCUGGAUACUCUCUCCCUGCCAGUGAUGGAACCUCUAACACCACCACGACUUAAAGAUGUCACUCUCCUGGCCCUUAGCUGUUUAUAUGCAGGUGUCAGUGUUGCCACAUGCAUGGCUAUCCUUCACGUGGGGAGCACCCAGCAGGUGCGAACAGGCUCCACCAGCUGCAAAGAGGAAGACUACGAGAAUGAUGCAGCCACGAUAGUGCAGAAAUGCCUGGAGAUCUAUGAAAUGAUUGGCCAAGCAAUUAACAGCUCCAGGCGAGCCGGCGGAGAGCAUUACCAGAACUUCCAGCUCCUGGGCGCCUGGUGUUUGGUAAACAGUCUCUACUUAAUUGUGAACCUCAGCCCCACAGCGCUAGCUGAUAAAGGAAAGGAGAAAGAUCCACUGGCAGCUCUUCGUGUCCGUGACAUUACCCGCGCCAAGGACAGCGUGGGAUCACCAAAGCUCUGCCCAGGGAAAGGACAUCAGGGCUUUGGCGUCUUAUCUGUGUUGUUGGCUAACCAUGCUAUCAAGCUGCUGACCUCUUUAUUCCAAGAUCUCCAGGUUGAGACGCUUCAUAAGCAGGCCUGGGAUGCUGAUGGGCCCCUCGCUGAGCUGAGUGUAACCGCACAGAGUACAUCUAUUCAGAGAAUCCAGAGGCUCAUUGACUCCAUUCCACUGACUAAUCUACUCUUCACAAUCUUAUCAACAUCAUACCGCAAGGCCUGCGUCUUGCAACGCCAGAGGAAGGGCUCUAUGAGCAGCGAUGCCAGCGCCUCCACAGACUCGAAUACUUACUAUGAGGAUGACUUCAGCAGCACAGAGGAGGACAGCAGCCAGGAUGAUGACAGUGAACCCAUCCUGGGGCAGUGGUUUGAGGAAACAAUCUCCCCGAGUAAAGAGAAAGCUGUUCCACCUCCACCGCCACCGCCGCCUCCUCUUGAGAGCUCACCAAGAGCAAAAAGCCCCAGCAAGCAAAACGGCGUGGAGAAUGGAAACAUCCUUGCCAGUCGCAAAGACCCCGAACUGUUCCUCAGUCUUGCCUCCAGUACGCUGCAUUUUAUCACUAGCUGCAUGCUGAACUCUCGCAGCAACUUCAUCCGCAACUACCUGAGUGUGUCUCUCACGGAGCAACACAUGGCCACGCUGGCAAGCAUCAUAAAGGAUGUGGACAAGGACGGCCUGAAAGGCUCUGCUGAUGAAGACUUUGCUGUUGCUCUCUAUCAGUUUAACCACUGCCUUGUGACAUCCGAUCUUCAGUCUCCUACACUGCAGAGUGCUCUUCUUCAACAUUUGGGAGUGGCUCCUUUAAGUGAGGGUCCGUGGCCGCUGUAUAUCCACCCUCAGAGUCUUUCUGUUCUUUCACGACUCUUACUUCUCUGGCAGCACAAAGCGAACUCACAGGGAGAGCCGGAUGUGCCUGAAUGUCUGCGGGUUUGGGAGAGAUUUGUUGUGACUUUGAAACAAAAUGCCCUCCAAGGUGUUGUCCCGGGAGACACAGAGGAUGUGAACGUGGAUCACCUGCAGCUGCUUCUUCUCAUCUUCCACAAUUUGUCUGAACGAGGCCGUCGAAACAUCCUACUGCUGUGUGUCCAGACCCUUCAGGAUCUAGCUGGCAGCUUGGAAUCUCAGCUUCCUACUGUCCCACUUCUCCUGGCAAGACUACUGCUCGUGUUGGACUAUCUGCUGCACCAGUACUCCAAACCUCCUCUCUAUCUGUUUGAGCAGGUGCAGUACAAUCUUCUCAGCCCACCUAUGGCUUCUGGGACAUCAGCAGAUGGUACUAGUCGCCCUUCUGCUUUGUAUUACGGUUUUAAAGAAGUGGAAGAAAAUUGGACCAAGCACUGCUCGUCAGAUGCUGCCCCACCACCUCGUUUUUACAGUGUCUUGUCCCAAGAAGCCUCAGAGGAUGACCUUCACCGUCUAGAUAGCUCAGUGUGCGAAGUCCUGUUCUCUCGAACUAUGAAGUAUGAUGAUUUAUACACGGCACUUAUUUCCUUACUGGCCGCAGGAUCCCAGUUUGAUACUGUUCGAAGAAACGAGAACAAAAAUUUAACACCUAUGGAGGCCUGUGCUCUCCAGUAUCACUUCCUUGUUCUGUGGCGGAUUCUAGGGAUUUUGCCUCCUUCCAAGGUCUACAUGAAACAGCUGUCUGGGAAUGGGUCAGCCUCUGGGGAAUGUGAAAUUCUGCACACCCUGCGCUGGGCGUCACGUCUCCGGGUACCAUCUUACCAGCAAUGGAUCAAGGAUCACCUUGUAAAGCAAGGAAUGAAGCCAGAGCAGGCCGCCUCUCUAACUGAGCAAACCUCAUCCAAAUGUAACUCUCUGAAGUAUGACGUGGACGUGGCCGAGGAGUACAUUGCCAGACAGAUUUCCACUUACUGCAGCACUGAUGGCUACACAUUUGAGCAACUUCGACAGGGACCCAACCUGCAGUGCAUCUACACUCUGGAUGCAAUGAUCUGCAAGGUUCAGGUGUCUCUGGAUGAGCACUUUUCCAAGUUAUCAGCUGAGACAGAUCCACACAAGCCCUCUCAGGUGGCUAAAAAUCUCCUGCCCGCUGCCCUGCAGCUCCUAGAUAUGUACGCCUCCCUCACCCGCUGCUACCUGCUGCAGAGCCUGCCCGAUGAAGCUGGGCCAGACGAGAAGAAACUGCAGGGAUACGCAGCCAUCUUGGUAAUUGGUUCUGCUCGCUGCAAAGCAAACACACUGGGCCCAGUCCUGAUUCAGAACCUCCCCACACCUGUGCAGGCUCUGUGUGAGUCCUGGAACAACAUCCACACCAAUGAAUUCCCCAGCAUUGGUUCAUGGCGCAAUGCGUUUGCCAAUGAUACAAUCCCCUCUGAAAGCUACAUUGGAGCCGUGCAAGCAGCCCACCUGGGAACCUUGUGCAGUGCCAGCCUUUCUCUGGCUGCAUCACUGAAACAUGUCCUGCUCUCCCUGGUCCGGCUCACUGGGGAUCUCAUUGUAUGGUGUCCCGAGGAGCUGGACUCACGCCAGCUAAUACAGUCCCUUCUGCCUCUGCUCCUGGAAAGCUGCACAGAGAGUGUGGCCGAGCUCUGCAGCACAUCCUUGGAGAGAGUCCUUGGACCGGCAGAAUCAGAUGAGUUUUUAUCACGGGUGUAUGAGAAACUGAUCACAGGCUGUUACAAUAUCUUGGCCAACCAUUCCGAUCCCAGCAGUGGGUUGGAUGAGUCCAUCCUGGAGGAAUGUCUGCAGUACCUGGAAAAGCAGCUGGAGAGCAGCCAGACCCGCAAGGCGAUGGAGGAGUUCUUCACAGAGAGAGGUGAAUUGGUGCAAAUAAUGAUGUCCACUGCAAACGAGGCUCUUUCAGCUAAAUUCUGUAACAAGGUUUUGAAGUUCUUCACCAAACUCUUCCAGCUCACUGAAAAGAGUCCAAACCCGAGCCUGCUGCGUCUUUGUGGGACCCUUGCUCAGCUCGCCUGUGUGGAUCCCCCGCAGUUACAGUCCUGGCUAAUACGCAUGACGACUUCUCCACCCAAAGAUUCUGACCAGUCUGAGAUCGUCCAGGAGAACCGGCAGUUAUUACAGCUGCUCACAGCUUAUAUUGUGAGAGAGAACAGCCAAGUUGGCGAAGGUGUAUGCACUGUGCUGCUCAGCACUCUCAUUCCAAUGGCCACUGAUCUUCUUUCCAAUGGAGACGGAACUGGUUUCCCAGAACUCAUGGUGGUGAUGGCCACGCUCGCCAGUGCCGGACAAGGUGCUGGUCACCUCCAGCUUCACCGAGCGGCCAUGGACUGGUUAUUGAGAUGUAAGAAGUAUCUCUCCCAGAAAAACGUUGUUGAGAAGAUGAACAGCAAUGUCAUGCAGGGGAAGCACGUGACAAUCUUGGAGUGUACGUGCCACAUCGUCACUUACCUUGCAGACGUCACCAAUGCAUUAAGUCAUAAUGCAGGGCAGGGGCACCCUCACCCACCUGUGGAUGGUGAGGAAAGGGCCAUUGAGGUGGAUUCAGACUGGGUGGAGGAGCUGGCGGUUGAAGAAGAUGAUUCUCAGGCUGAAGACUCAGAUGAAGAUUCACUGUGUAACAAACUGUGUACGUUUACAAUCACACAGAAAGAGUUCAUGAAUCAGCAUUGGUACCACUGUCACACUUGCAAGAUGGUAGAUGGCGUUGGCGUGUGUACGGUAUGUGCUAAAGUCUGUCACAAGGACCAUGAGAUUUCCUACGCAAAGUACGGAUCUUUCUUUUGCGAUUGUGGAGCAAAGGAGGAUGGCAGCUGUCUGGCCCUGGUUAAGAGAGCCCCCAGCAGUGGUAUGAGCUCCACCAUGAAGGAAUCUGCCUUCCAGAGCGAGCCUCGCCUUCCAGAGAGCGCCAUCCGGCUUCCAGGCACUGCCCUCACCGACAAAGGGAAAGUCACCAUCAGCGACGGCAAAGGGGAUGAUGAAAAGCCAAAAAGAAGCAGCCUAUGCCGUAACAUUGAGGGCUGCAGAGAGGAGCUCCUGUGUCAGGCCAAUGUCUCAUUCGCACCUAUAGUUUUGGACAUGUUGAAUUUCCUGAUGAGUGCCAUAAGGAACAACUUCCAGCAGGCAUCUGCCGUAGGAAGUAGCAGCCGAGCUCAGCAGGCCCUGAGUCAGCUACACUCUCUGGUCAAGAAUGUUGAGAUGACAGACCAGCUCAUGGUUCCCACUCUGGGUUCCCAAGAAGGAGCUUUUGAAAAUGUAAGAAUGAAUUACAGCGGUGACCAGGGUCAGACAAUCCGCCAACUGAUCAGUGCUCACGUUCUGCGCAGAGUCGCAAUGUGUGUGCUGUCCUCCCCACAUGGCCGCAGGCAACAUCUUGCAGUCAGCCACGAGAAAGGAAAGAUCACAGUGUUACAGCUCUCUGCUCUGUUGAAGCAAGCCGAUUCCAGUAAGAGGAAACUGACCCUGACGCGUUUAGCUUCUGCCCCGGUACCUUUUACAGUUCUCAGUUUGACUGGCAAUCCCUGCAAAGAGGACUAUCUGGCUGUGUGUGGCUUAAAGGAUUGCCACGUUCUAACUUUCAGCAGCUCCGGUUCUGUAUCCGACCAUCUGGUGCUUCACUUGCAGCUGGCAACUGGAAACUUCAUCAUUAAAGCGGUUUGGCUUCCAGGCUCACAAACUGAGCUGGCCAUCGUUACUGCAGACUUUGUGAAGGUGUAUGACCUGUCCGUCGAUGCUUUGAGCCCCACGUUUUACUUUCUGCUUCCGAGCUCUAAAAUCCGAGACGUCACAUUCCUUUUUAACGAAGAGGGGAAGAAUAUCAUCGUCAUUAUGUCUUCAGCAGGUUAUGUUUACACCCAGCUCAUGGAGGAGUCCAGCAGCGCUCAGCACGGGCCUUUUUACGUCACCAAUGUAUUGGAAGUUAAUCAUGAAGACCUGAAGGACAGUAAUGGACAGGUGGCUGGAGGAGGAGUCUCUGUCUAUUACUCUCACGUCUUGCAGAUGCUCUUCUUUAGCUAUUGUCAAGGAAAAUCAUUUGCUGCAACUACAAACCGCUUGUCUCUGGAGAUUGUGCGGCUCUUCCCCAUCAACAUUAAAGGUUCAAAUGGAGGAAGUAAGACUUCACCGGCACUUUGUCAGUGGUCCGAAGUAAUGAACCAUCCUGGCUUGGUGUGCUGUGUCCAGCAAACCACAGGUAUUCCUCUCGUAGUCAUGGUGAAGCCAGACAGUUUUAUGAUUCAAGAAAUCAAGACCUUGCCUGCUAAAGCCAAAAUCCAGGAUAUGGUAGCCAUUCGACACACGGCUAGCAACGACCAGCAGAGAACCACCAUGAUCCUUCUGUGUGAGGACGGAAGCCUGCGGAUAUAUAUGGCCAGCGUGGAGAACACGUCCUAUUGGCUGCAGCCCUCUCUCCAACCCAGCAGCAGUAUCAGUGUCAUGAAACCAAUGCGUAAACGCAAACCGGCUGCAGUCAUGACCCGAGCAUCCAGCCAAGUGACCUUCCCCAUAGACUUCUUCGAACAUAACCAGCAGCUGACAGACGUGGAGUUUGGUGGGAACGAUCUCCUGCAGUUGUACAACGCUCAACAGAUAAAACACCGGCUAAAUUCCACUGGGAUGUAUGUGGCAAACACCAAGCCUGGAGGAUUUACAGUUGAAGUCUCCAAUAACAAUAGCACGAUGGUCAUGACCGGAAUGCGUCUCCAGAUUGGCACACAAGCCAUUGAGAGAGCCCCGUCGUACAUAGAAAUGUUUGGCCGUACCAUGCAGCUGAAUCUGAGCCGUGCGCGUUGGUUUGACUUCCCGUUUACUCGAGAAGAAGCCUUACAGGCUGACAAAAAACUUACCAUAUUCUUUGGUGCAUCGGUGGACCCUGCUGGUGUUACCAUGAUAGAUGCCAUUAAAAUCUACGGAAAGACAAAGGAACAGUUUGGCUGGCCAGAUGAGCCCCCUGAGGAAUUCUCAUCUGCCUCUGUCAGCAGUGUGUGCCCCCCCAAUCUAAACCAAGGGAACGGUUCACCAGAUGGGGAGACUGCUGCUCCACCCUCCAGUAAUGGCACAGUUAUUGAGAGUUCUGACCCUGAACCCCUAACGAUCUUGGACCGACUUGUGGGAAGCUCCCUGGAAGCCCUUGAAAGCUGUUUUGGUUUGGGCCCCAUCCCAGAGAAGGAGAAGACUAAGGCCUCUGCUUUGGAACUUGCCACAGUCCUGCUUUCAAUGCCAACACCAGCUAGUGUCCAGCUCCAGACAAAAAGUCUUCUAGCAAGUCUGCACAACAAUCGCUCUGCAUACCACAACCACAAGGACCAGGCCUUGCUAAGUAACGCUGUGCAGUGCUUGAGCUCCUGUGGCAAGGAGGGGAAGGAUCUGGAUCCUGAAGUAUUUCAGAGGCUUGUAAUCACUGCUCGUUCCAUUGCCAUCAUGCGACCCAGUAACCUGGUCCAUUACACAGAGGGCAGGCUUCCUGGAGACCCGGAGAGCUUGGACGAUCAGAAAGAAGCUGUGAAAACCUUAGAUGGAGACGAUGGAUAUGGGUUUAUCACACAGCUGGUUAACCAGUUUUGGAAACUUCAUGCAUCAAAACCCAAAAAUGCGUUCCUAGCCCCUGCUUGUCUACCAGGGCUUGCACACAUAGAGGCCACAGUUAAUGCUUUGGUGGAUAUUAUCCAUGGGUACUGCACCUGCCAGCUGGACUGUAUUAACCUGGCGUCCAAGAUCUACAUGCAGAUGUUGCUGUGUCCGGACCCUUCUGUGAGUUUUUCUUGCAAACAAGCAUUAAUCCGUGUCCUGCGCCCACGCAGUAAACGCCGGCAUGUGACUCUGCCUUCCUCUCCACGCAGCAAUACACCAAUGGGUUGGAGAGCUUGGUAUCCCUCAGGUGUGACUGUAGCUAGGAUGCCUUCGCCAUACAAGGACCUCUUUAACCGAGACAAGGACGAUGACGACGACGAUGAGGCUGAAGAGAAGAUGCAAAGCUCCGGUAUCCCAAAUGGCGAACAUGUGCGGCAGCAGAGCCAGGAACACAAUGAGGUGGAUCACGGCGACUUUGAAAUGGUGUCUGAGUCUAUGGUGCUGGAGAGCGCAGAUAGCGUGAAUAAUGGCAAUCCAUCACCCCUGGAGGCUCUGCUGGCUGGUGCCGAAGGAUUUCCUCCCAUGCUGGAUAUUCCACCAGAUGCCGAUGAUGAGACCAUGGUGGAGUUGGCCAUUGCACUCAGCCUCCAGCAGGACCAGCAAGGCAGCAGCAGCAGUGCCCUUGGCUUACAGAGUUUGGGGCUCUCUGGGCAGGCUCCCAGCUCCUCCUCUCUGGAUGCAGGAACACUGUCUGACACCACUGCAUCAGCUCUCCUCAUGCUUAUAGCUCCAGCAUCGGAUGACGAAGGAAGCACUGCAGCAACCGAUGGAUCUACACUGCGCACCUCACCUGCAGAUCAUGGGGGCAGCGUGGGCUCAGAAAGUGGAGGCAGUGCCGUGGACUCGGUAGCUGGUGAGCAUAGUGUUUCAGGGAGAAGCAGUGCUUAUGGUGACACAACAGCUGAGGGACACCCCACUGGCCCUGGCAGCAUCAGUUCCAGCACUGGAGCAAUCAGCACUGCCACUGGACAUCACGAGGGCGAUGGCUCUGAAGGGGAAGGCGAAACAGAAGGCGAUGCACAUGCAAGCAACAGACUUCACAUGCUGCGUCUGAUGCUAUUAGAACGUCUGCUUCAAUCCAUGAAUAAUCUACGGGGAGUGGGGGGAGUCCGUGCCAUUCCAUACAUGCAGGUAGUGCUGAUGCUUACAGCAGAUCUGGAUGGUGAUGAUGAGAAGGAUAAGGGAGCGCUGGAUAGUCUUUUGUCCCAAUUGAUCGCAGAACUUUGUUUGGAUAAAAAGGAUGUCUCCAAGAAAAACGAGCGCACGCCCCUGAAUGAGGUGCACCUUGUUGUCAUGCGACUGCUCAGUGUCUUCAUGUCCCGCACCAAGUCUGGCUCAAAGUCAUCUAUUUGUGAGUUUUGGUGUUUCUCCUCACAGUCCUCCUCGCUGAUCUCAAGCGCCACCGCAACUGCCUUGUUGAGCUCGGGAGCUGUGGAUUACUGUCUUCAUGUCCUUAAAUCUCUCCUUGACUAUUGGAAGAGCCAGCAGAGUGACGAAGAACCUGUGGCAGCCAGCCAGCUACUGAAACCACACACUUCCUCUUCCCCUCCUGACAUGAGCCCAUUCUUUCUCCGACAGUACGUCAAGGGCCAUGCCGCAGAUGUUUUUCAGGCAUAUACACAGUUGCUCACAGAGAUGGUGCUACGGUUACCCUACCAGAUUAAGAAAAUCGCAGACACCAAUUCUCGAAUUCCACCUCCAGUGUUUGACCAUUCGUGGUUCUACUUCCUUUCCGAGUAUCUGAUGAUUCAACAGACACCAUUUGUUCGUCGCCAAGUCCGCAAAUUGCUUCUUUUCAUCUGUGGCUCAAAAGAGAAAUACCGGCAGCUCCGAGACCUGCACACCCUUGAUUCUCACGUGCGAGGCAUUAAGAAACUACUGGAGGAGCACGGGAUCUUCCUUCGCGCUAGUGUGGUGACAGCUAGCUCUGGCUCGGCACUGCAGUAUGAUACACUCAUCAAUCUGAUGGAACACCUCAAGGCAUGCGCAGAAAUCGCUUCUCAACGCACUGUUAACUGGCAGAAGUUUUGCAUCAAGGAUGAUUCUGUCCUGUAUUUCUUGCUGCAAGUCAGUUUCCUGGUUGAUGAAGGUGUGUCCCCUGUGCUGCUGCAGCUCCUUUCCUGUGCACUGUGCGGCAGUAAAGUGCUCUCUGCGUCUUCAUCCUCCGGCACUUCCAGCAGUCAGUCUGCCUCCAGCUCCGGGCAAUCCGGCUCACAGUCCAAGUCUUCCACUAAAAAGAGUAAAAAGGAAGAGAAGGAAAAAGAGAAGGAUGGUGAAAGUUCCAACAGCCAGGAGGAGCAGCUCUGUACGGCUCUGGUGAAUCAGCUCAAUAAGUUUGCAGACAAAGAAACCUUGAUUCAAUUUUUACGCUGUUUCCUCUUGGAGUCAAACGCCUCUUCGGUGCGCUGGCAGGCACAUUGUUUAGCUCUGCAUAUCUACAGAAAUUCAAACAAGUCCCAGCAGGAGUUGCUCUUGGAUCUCAUGUGGUCCAUUUGGCCUGAGCUUCCGGCGUACGGACGCAAAGCAGCUCAGUUUGUAGAUCUUCUUGGAUACUUUUCACUGAAAACUCCACAGACUGAGAAGAAGUUUAAAGAAUAUUCUCAAAAGGCCGUUGAAAUCCUGCGAACGCAAAACCACAUCCUGACUAAUCACCCCAACUCCAACAUCUAUAACACCCUGUCUGGCUUGGUGGAGUUUGAUGGCUAUUAUUUGGAAAGUGAUCCUUGCCUUGUGUGUAACAACCCCGAGGUCCCCCUGUGUAACAUCAAGCUGUCAUCAAUUAAGGUGGAUACUCGUUACACAACCACACAGCAGGUAGUGAAACUAAUUGGCAGCCAUACAAUCAGCAAAGUGACAGUGAAAAUUGGUGACUUGAAACGCACAAAGAUGGUGCGCACCAUCAAUCUGUAUUACAACAAUCGCACAGUGCAAGCCAUCGUAGAGCUCAAAAACAAACCAGCUCGCUGGCACAAAGCCAAGAAGGUUCAGCUAACACCUGGACAAACUGAGGUGAAGAUCGACCUCCCACUUCCCAUCAUCGCCUCAAACUUAAUGAUUGAGUUUGCAGAUUUCUAUGAGAACUACCAGGCUUCCUCGGAGACGUUACAAUGCCCGCGAUGCAGCGCCUCUGUACCUGCCAACCCUGGAGUGUGUGGAAACUGUGGGGAAAAUGUGUACCAGUGUCACAAAUGCCGAUCUAUUAACUAUGAUGAGAAGGAUCCUUUCCUGUGUAAUGCUUGUGGGUUCUGUAAGUACGCCCGCUUCGAUUUCAUGUUGUACGCCAGACCUUGCUGCGCAGUGGAUCCCAUUGAGAAUGAAGAGGAUCGUAAGAAAGCCGUCAGCAACAUUAACACCUUACUGGACAAAGCAGAUCGUGUGUAUCACCAGCUGAUGGGCCACCGGCCGCAGCUGGAGAGCCUGCUUUGCAAAGUGAAUGAGGCUGCCCCCGAGAAGCCCCAGCUGUGCUUUACAUUGCAGGAUGAUUCUGCCAAUGCGGGAGGAAUUAGCUCCACGUCGGCCAGCGUUAACCGGUAUAUCCUGCAGCUAGCACAGGAAUACUGUGGGGACUGCAAGAACUCGUUUGAUGAGCUCUCCAAGAUCAUACAGAAAGUCUUUGCCUCUCGUAAGGAGCUCCUGGAAUAUGAUCUCCAACAAAGGGAAGCAGCAACCAAAUCCUCUCGUACCACUAUUCAGCCCACCUUCACCGCCAGCCAGUACCGCGCCUUGUCCGUUCUCGGAUGUGGUCACACCUCCUCCACCAAGUGCUAUGGGUGUGCAUCUGCUGUGACCGAGCACUGCAUUACACUGCUGCGUGCACUGGCUACCAAUAGUACGAUCAGACACAUUCUGGUAUCGCAAGGGCUUAUCCGCGAACUGUUUGAUUAUAAUCUGCGCAGAGGGCCUGCAGCCAUGCGUGAUGAAGUGAGGCAGGUCAUGUGCCUUCUUACCAGGGACAAUCCUGAAGCCACAUUGCAAAUGAAUGAAUUGAUUAUAGGAAAGGUGUCAACUGCUCUUAAAGGUCACUGGGCAAACCCUGAUUUGGCCAGCAGCCUCCAGUAUGAGAUGUUGCUGCUCACAGAUUCCAUCGCCAAAGAAGAUAUCUGCUGGGAACUGCGUCUGAGAUGUGCUCUUAGCCUUUUCCUGAUGGCCGUGAACAUUAAAACCCCUGUCGUCGUGGAAAACAUCACUCUCAUGUGUUUGCGAAUUCUACAAAAGUUAAUCAAGCCACCUUCCCCGACCAGCAAGAAAAACAAGGAAGCGCCAAAUGAAGCCCUCACUACAGUUAAACCGUACAGUAAUGAGAUCCAUGCCCAGGCCCAACUUUGGCUCAAGAGAGAUCCCAAAGCCUCCUAUGAAGCCUGGAAGAAGUGCCUCCCUGCCCGUGCCAUAGAUGGCAGCGGGAAGACCCCCAGCAAAGCAGAACUGAGGCAGAUGUUCUUGCAGGAGAAAUAUGUUUGGAAGUGGAAACAGUUUAUGAGCAGAAAGGGGAAGAGAACGUGUCCCCUCGAUCUAAAAUUGGGGCACAAUAACUGGCUUAGACAGGUGUUGUUCACUCCGGCCACCCAAGCGGCACGGCAGGCUGCAUGCACUAUUGUUGAGGCUUUGGCCACAAUUCCAAGCCGCAGACAGCAGGUCCUGGACCUUCUCACCAGCUACUUGGAUGAACUGAGUGUUGCUGGGGAAUGUGCAGCCGAAUAUCUUGCUCUAUAUCAGAAACUAAUCAAAGCAGCACAUUGGAAGGUUUACCUUGCUGCAAGGGGCGUUCUGCCGUAUGUUGGCAAUCUCAUUACUAAGGAAAUUGCCCGUUUGCUGGCUCUGGAGGAGGCCACCCUCAGUACUGACUUGCAGCAAGGAUAUGCCUUGAAAAGUCUGACAGGUCUCCUGUCCUCGUUUGUGGAGGUUGAAUCAAUCAAACGUCACUUCAAGAGCCGGCUAGUUGGAACUGUACUAAAUGGCUACCUCUGCCUGCGCAAGCUGGUGGUGCAGAGAACAAAACUGAUAGACGAGACCCAGGACAUGUUACUGGAGAUGUUGGAGGACAUGACUACAGGCACAGAAUCCGAAACCAAGGCCUUCAUGGCAGUUUGUAUAGAGACAGCCAAGCGUUACAGCCUGGAUGAUUACAGGACACCUGUAUUCAUUUUUGAGAGACUCUGCAGCAUUAUAUACCCGGAGGAAAAUGAAGUCACUGAGUUCUUUGUUACUCUCGAGAAAGACCCACAACAGGAAGACUUUCUACAAGGACGAAUGCCAGGAAAUCCAUAUAGCAGCAACGAGCCUGGGAUUGGCCCAUUAAUGCGGGAUAUAAAGAAUAAGAUCUGCCAGGAUUGCGACCUGGUGGCCUUGUUAGAGGAUGAUAGUGGGAUGGAGCUCUUGGUGAACAAUAAGAUUAUCCACUUGGACUUACCUGUGGCUGAAGUCUACAAGAAGGUGUGGUGUCCAACCAACGAGGGAGAACCCAUGAGAAUUAUUUACCGAAUGCGCGGACUUCUUGGUGACGCCACAGAGGAAUUCAUAGAGUCUCUGGAUUCAACAACAGAUGAAGAAGAAGAUCAAGAGGAAGUGUACAGGAUGGCAGGAGUAAUGGCGCAGUGCGGGGGUCUGGAGUGUAUGUUGAAUCGUCUAACAGGCAUUAAGGAUUUCAAACAGGGCCGCCAUCUUCUCACAGUCCUCCUUAAAUUGUUCAGUUACUGUGUGAAAGUGAAGGUGAAUCGGCAGCAGUUGGUGAAACCAGAAAUGAAUACUCUGAACGUCAUGCUGGGGACGUUGAACUUGGCCUUGGUGGCGGAGCAGGAAAGUAAAGACAGCGGUGGUGCUGCUGUUGCGGAGCAAGUUCUGAGCAUCAUGGAGAUCAUACUAGACGAGUCAAAUGCGGAGCCACUGAGUGAAGACAAGGGUAAUCUGUUACUCACAGGGGACAAAGACCAGCUGGUAAUGCUACUCGAUCAAAUUAACAGUACGUUCGUACGUUCCAAUUCAAGUGUUCUACAGGGCCUUCUGCGCAUUAUCCCUUAUCUAUCGUUUGGUGAGAUGGAAAAGAUGCAAAUCCUUGUGGAACGCUUUAAACCGUACUGCACGUUCGAUAAGUAUGACGACGAGCACAGUGCGGAUGACAAGGUGUUCCUGGAUUGUUUCUGUAAAAUUGCUGCUGGCAUCAAGAAUAACAGCAAUGGGCAUCAGCUUAAAGAUCUCAUCCUUCAGAAAGGGAUUACCCAGAAUGCCCUGGAUUACAUGAAAAAACACAUCCCAUGUGCUAAAAACCUUGAUGCUGACAUUUGGAAAAAGUUUCUGUCCAGACCUGCUUUACCCUUCAUACUGAGGCUGCUACGAGGAUUGGCCACACAGCACCCUCCCACGCAGGCCUUGAUUGGUACAGACUCCAUAACAAACUUGCACAAGCUUGAGCAGGUGUCAAGCGACGAGGGCAUCGGGACCUUGGCAGAGAAUCUUCUGGAGGCUUUGAGAGAACAUCCUGAUGUUAAUAAAAAGAUAGACGCAGCAAGGAAAGAAACUCGGGCGGAAAAGAAACGUAUGGCCAUGGCAAUGAGGCAGAAAGCGCUGGGCACUCUGGGCAUGACUACCAACGAAAAGGGACAGGUGGUGACAAAGACGGCCCUUCUAAAGCAGAUGGAGGAGCUCAUCGAGGAACCUGGCCUCACCUGCUGCAUCUGUAGAGAGGGGUACAAGUUUCAGCCCACUAAAGUGCUCGGUAUUUACACUUACACCAAACGUGUGCCCCUGGAGGAGUCUGAAAACAAGCCUCGAAAGCAGCAUGGGUACAGCACCGUGUCUCACUUUAACAUCGUACACUACGAUUGCCAUCUGGCAGCUGUCAGGCUUGCCCGGGGGCGGGAAGAGUGGGAGAGCGCUGCCCUUCAAAAUGCCAACACAAGGUGUAACGGAUUGCUUCCGGUCUGGGGACCCCAUGUGCCUGAAUCUGCCUUCGCAACCUGCUUGGCUCGGCAUAAUACCUACCUGCAAGAAUGUACUGGCCAGAGGGAGCCCACCUACCAACUUAACAUCCAUGACCUGAAGUUGCUCUUCUUGCGAUUCGCUAUGGAGCAAUCUUUUAGUGCGGACAGUGGUGGGGGCGGACGGGAGAGCAACAUUCACCUCAUUCCCUACAUGAUUCACACCGUGCUUUAUGUCAUCAACACAACUCGUGCUAUAUCCCGCGAGGAAAAAAAUGUUCAAGGUUUCUUGGAGCAUCCCAAAGAAAAAUGGCUGGAGAGUGCUUUUGAGGUGGAUGGACCUCACUAUUACACUGUUCUUGCCCUUCACCUCCUACCAGCUGAAAGGUGGAAAGCCAUCCGAAUUGAUGUCCUCCGGAGAUUGCUGGUAGUCAGUCAUGUGCGUGCAGUGUCACCUGGCGGGGCAAACAGAUUGACUGAUAAAGCAGUGAAGGAUUAUUCAGUGUAUCGAUCCAGUCUGCUCUUCUGGGCCCUUGUUGACCUUAUCUACAAUAUGUAUAAGAAGGUUCCUACGAGUAACACAGAGGGAGGCUGGUCUUACUCACUGGCAGAUUACAUCCGACUGAAUGACAUGCCGAUUUACGAGGCCGCAGACAAAGCCUUAAAAACGUUUCAGGACGAGUUCAUGCCCAUCGAGUCCUUUUCUGAAUUUGUGGAUGUGGCUGGUCUUUUAACAGAAAUCAACGACCCUGACAGCUUCCUCAAAGAUCUUUUGAACUCAGUCCCCUGAGCGGCAGCUACAGGGAAUGUGCUUUUAGACUCUGGAUGCUCUGUUUUUUCCUCCACUGGGUGUUGCAGUAAAUGUGUAUAGUUUUUUUGUUUUUUUCCUUUUUGUGUAUUUUGUUGUGAGUUGAGGCUCUUUAACACCUUUAUUACAGUGGCGAUUACGGUCUGCCACAAACAGCAGCAAAGUGGUUAAUGGCAACCUCUUUUACCGUGUGUUCUGCAAACACAUCCCUUUUGUCACCCCCUCAGUGGAGAGUUUGCUCCUCGAGUGGCUGUGCUUCUGUGUGGAUUUUAUUUGGUGUUUUUGAGUGCCGUUUCCCAGGUAAAUAAAUUUGCAACCAAAGUGAACUGCAAUGCCAAGGUUUGAGCGCCAGCUUGUGUUUCAGGAGGAAUGCCAUCCUCACCUCACUAAUUGCAUGAUCUAGUCAGCCCACCAAAGAUAAGAUACAUGCAUGCCCACAUCCUGUCAAACAUUUCCCUCUGUGUUGUAAGGACAGACCUGUCUGUUGGCCACAAUGCAACCAAACUGGGGUCCUGCUCCCCUUUCUGAGCCUCGUAGCUUCACACUCUUUAAUCUCCUGUGGGCACUUGCAUGGUUACCUUGUCUCAGACAAACCCAAUCAUUUCUAGACAUUAAUUUCUAUGACAAUCUUGAUAUCACGUGGAGCUGUUUUUAGGAAGGAAUCAUUUGUGGUUUGGGCCCAAGUGGCUAUUCAACAAAAUCCUAAUACUACAUGUGCUUGAGUGUGGUGACCCGGAAUGUAGUGUGCCGCUUGUCAGUGUGUAUGUGUGUGCUGUCUGUUCAUCGGUAAUGGGUAAAUAUUGUAUCCAGGCCGACAUCUUAACCUGUAAACCACCCGCUGUCUGCCUGAAGAUAUAUAAUAAAGCUUUUCAUUUCUCA